GCAGAGACGAAAACGAAAAUGGAGUGUAGGUGAGAGAUUAAUGGUUAUGUUCUUAAAGCUCAGACAGAGCAGGUUUCGGGGCCAACCGACUGCCAUUAAUUUGGUGGCCAAUUCAAGCUCGCCCAGAUUUUGAGUUUUACGGCGACGGGAGCAUUUAAAUGGAAGCAUCCAUCACAUUGCUUACCUUUCUCUCCUCCGCCUGUUUCUGAAUUACUAGGCCUCCUCUCAUUCUAAGGUAGUAAUCAAGUGCAAUCCUUGGUCAUAUGCACCCUAAUUAAUGCAGCGAUGGCUAUUAUAGUCUUUCCUUGCUAUCUUCUGCACAUAGCAUCCUUAGCUGAAAUUUGUGGCUUAUCUGCAUAUAUAUUCAAUUCUAGCCCCCCAUGGUCUGGCUGAUAGAGAGGGGCUAUAACAGCCAGAAUGAGGUGGAUAUGAAUGAGGUUUCUGGUCUUAGAAGGUUAUGGAUCAUCCACUCAGAGGGCUGCCUGAGACCUCUAUAAACAGAUUCGAGUUAGAGAAUGAGGUCAUUUUUCCUACCGUUGAACAAUCACUGGGCAUUCCAGACAAUGAUACUAUUCAUGGCCUUAGUACUCAUUCUCCUUCUUUGGACUGUGAUCCUAUGCUAGACUAUAUUUGCCAGAUUCUACUGGAGGAGGAUAGUGUUGAUGGGAACAAUGACAACAUGUUCUUUGACCCCAUUGCUCUUACAGCUGCUGAGAAAUCGUUUUAUGAAGCCUUGCGUGGUAACCCUUCCUCACCAUUUUACACUAAUGAUAUUGAUCUCGUUGAAUCUAAAUCAUCUGUGACCUAUGAUUUGAGCUAUGAUGUUGAUUCUGUUGAAUCUAUAUUAUCUGCCACAUGUGAUCAUCCCGAUUUUACCAUCCAGCCAUCAUCAAGGCAGACUAACUUGGAUGAGCUAAAUGGCGCUUCACGUAGCCUUCAUAGCCUUAAUUUGGUUCCAAAUAUAUUUUGUGAUCAGACUGAGUCGAUCUUGAAAUUAAAGAGAGGUGUGAAGGUAGCUGAUAAAUACGGAUUUCCCACAAAGGCCAAAAGUGAUCUCAUCCCUACAGAGAAGGGCCAAUCAGCUGAAUUGUGUAGAGGAAGGAAACAUUACCAUCCAGAUGAAAUUGGGUGGGAAGAAAGGAGAAGCAAGCAGUCUGCAGUAUAUAAGGAGGAGGCUGAGUUGUCAGAGGUGUUUGAUAAAGUUUUGUUGUGCACUGAUGAUAAUGACUCUCCAUCCAGAGUUGGCUGCCCACAACAGAAAGGGCGAAGUGGUCGCAAGAGCCAUUCAAAGAAAAGAAGAGAUAAUUAUGAAGUUGUUGAUCUAGAGUCCCUUUUAACCAGCUGUGCACAAUCUGUUGCUGCUAAUGAUUAUAGGGCUGCAGAAGAUAAAUUAAAGAAGGUCAGGCAGCACUCUUCGCCUUCCGGCGAUGCAAACCAAAGGCUAGCUAACAUAUUUGCUGACAGUCUUGAGGCACGGUUGGCUGGAACUGGGGCACAGCUGUAUGCGGCUUUAUCUCCUAAUAACAUCAUAAUCACCGAGACACUAAAAUCCUACCUGUCAUGUUUGCCAUUUACGAGAUUAUCAAUUUUAUUUGCUAAUAACAUGAUUUACGAAGUAGCAUCAGAAGUUGCAUCACUGCAUGUUAUAGAUUUUGGUAUUCUUUACGGUAUCCAGUGGCCCACUCUUAUUCGGGAUCUGUCACAUAGACCUGGUGGCCCUCCAAAACUUCGAAUAACAGGGAUUGAUCUUCCACAACCUGGUUUUCGUCCAUCACAAAUGUUAGAGGAAACUGGUUGUCGCUUGGCAAAAUAUUGUGAGCGUUUCGGUGUACCAUUCGAGUACAAUUUCAUAAUGGCGAACAAUUGGGAGACACUUAAAACCGCUGAAUUCAAGCUUGUAAAGGGUGAGGUGGUUGCUGUUAACUGUAUUGAUCGACUCGAACACCUUUUGGAUGAAACAGUAGUUAUUGGGGAAAGCCCAAAGGAUGCAGUUCUAAAUUUAAUCAGAGAAGUAAAUCCUCAUAUAUUUGUGCAAUCUGUGCGUAGUGGAGCUCACAACUCUCCUUUCUUUCUCACUCGGUUUCGGGAGGCUGUCUCCUUCUAUUCUGCUGUCUUCGAUAUGUCAGGUGCUACUUUACCUAGCCAUGGUAAUGAGAGGUCGAAUUUCGAACAACAAUUUUUGAAACGCGAUAUAAUCAAUAUUAUUGCAUGUGAGGGAAUGGAAAGAUUGGUGAGACCUAACACAUACAAGCAGUGGCACUCUCACAUGAUGAGGGUUGGCUUCAAGCCGUUAUCCAUAAACCCUGAACUUAUGAAGAAGUACAUGUGCAAGGUGAGGGAAGGAUAUCACAAAGAUUUUCUUUUUGCACAAGACGGGCAUUGGAUCAUACAGGGAUGGAAAGGUCGGAUUUUUGGAGGCACCUCUUGCUGGGUAAGUGCACAACGUACUCACAACCUCUGAUUAUAUAACUUAUAUCUUUCAGCAUUUCGGAAACUUUACACAGAGUAAAGUUUGAGCAAUAUUGCAAUUACCAUUUCAAGCUUUCAUGUGUUGCUAUGUCUUUACAAUAUAGCUUACAAGUCUCAAGUUAUUCUCAAGAGUUUAAAGCCUUAUGUUGUUGACAAGAAAAGUUGUUUGAGAACAUCAAUCGAGGGCGUUUUCUAGCUUUGAAUUUGUUUGCUUAAGAAAAUCAAAAUAGAUUAUAUAUCCUAUCAAGGUGUUUGCUUGCUAUAUAUUCUUCUUGUAAGAAGAAGAAUGUUUAAAGAGACAUGUCUAUGUGAACGUACAUUGUCUUUAUAUGAAAGCUGUACUCUAAGAUGAAGCCUUUUUAUACUUU